CUUUCACAUUCUCUUUCUUUAUGCAAAUGGAUUGAUUAUUAGGAUUGAUAGAAUUCUUUCAAUGCUCAUAUGAUUUUUUUUUAUUUUUUAUUUUUUUUUUUGAAGUGUAAAAAUGCAGAAAUAGCAACAGUUACAUGCCCUACCGCAAUAAAUUUGCAAGUAAUUGAGCUGUAUCAGUUAAGUGUUUCAUGUGGAGAGCAGCUUGCCUUUGUUUUACAGUUGCUUCAAAGUUCCCCCAACCUAUGCAAGCUGAAUAUUGUGGCAUUAAAUGUUCUAUGUUCUUGUGAUAUAACAACGGGUACAAGACUUUUGGAGGAUCCAAACAGUUACAUUAUUAAGCAGGAUCUGAAGAUUCUCAACACAAUCAUGAUUGACGGGUUAGGUGGAUGUACACUUGAAAUGCUUUUUGUGAAAAUGCUGCUCUCAAAAUCUCCUGCACUAGAGAGAGUUGUUGUUGAUACUGAUACCUCUGAAGAUGUCAAUAGCCUAAGGGAGUUGUUGCGUUUUCCUUGUGCAUCUCCGAAAGCACAAAUUGUUUGCAGGGAAAACGAUGGCUCCUUGUUCGAACUAUUUGAAAACGAAUGGUUUUAACCUUGUAGGAAUUUAGUAUGAUGAAGCUCCAUGGGUUUAGUUUGCUUGAGUGCCACUUUGUUGCCGGUGAGUAUCUCUACUUUUGCAUUCUCUUCUUUUAUGAGUUUAUGCAAAUGGAUUGAUUAUUACUAUUGACAAUUUCUUUCAAUGCUCAUAUGAUCUUUGUUUUUUUGGUAGUGUAAAAAUGCUUAUGUGAUAUAACGUGUACAAGCUAGAGUUUUGGAGGAUCAAAACAGUUGCAUUUUAAGGAUUUGAAGAUUCUUAACAGUCAUGAU